AUUAGUAAUUAUUACUAUUUGAAACAAAAAUUGUUGCUAUAUAAAAUGCUGAUAAGAACUAAAUAUCACGAGAUAAAGUAAGUAAGUCCUUUUUGAGACUUUAGGCUAAUAAAAUCAUUCUAUUUGAUCAUGAAUGUGAGAUAAGGUAAAAUUACCAAGUGAGAUUAAGUUGUGCGUUCGAGUUAGUAAUGUCACCGACAUACAGUUACACUUUGUCUCAAUUGUGAACAACAACUUAUACUGCCGUGUCAUCUGUGUAAUCGACUCAUGAAACAGGAAAAAAAAUAAAAUAUAACUUUGUGGAAGUCAAGAUUCGACAAGGAAAUUUCGGGUUUUUAUGCGGCCGUAAACCGUUUCGCACAUACAAUCUACAGACAUUAUUGCACAAAUGUCGGGAAUGACAAUUUGAAUAUUUCUCGCGAACAAACAAUUUAAAAACUCUAGUAUUUGCGUAUUUUUCGUCGUAAGUUAAAAAUCGUGCAAUUUUCGUAAUUCAAGCGACUGGCAUCGUGAGCGCACGUCGCGAAAACGCGUGUCGCAAAAGCGUCGAGAAAUGGCAACGUUAGAAGAUAAAAGUCUUAGAGAAGUAAUCGCUGUAAAAAAUUCGACAAAAAUAAUGAAAAAAAUCGAGCAAUCGGACACCGAGCCGUUAAAAAUAAAAACUUACAAAAAAAGAUGGCUAAUACUCGCUAUUUUCAUGAUUUAUACCUCAUCAAGUACUUGUCAGUGGAUAGAAUACUCGAUUAUAACUAACAUAGUUACAAGAUAUUACCAAGUGUCUUCGUUAAUGGUUGACUGGACCUCAAUGUCAUUUAUGAUAUGUUACGUGAUAUUCAUAUUCCCAGCGACAUAUGUGGCCGACAGAUACAGUCUACGCUGUACCGCUAUCUUGGCAACCGGCAUGACCUGCUUGGGUUCCUGGAUAAAAACUUUUUCUGUUAGUUUUAAUCAUUUUAAAAAUUCUUGAUGUUUUUUAUUUCUUUUUUUUUUUUUAAUUUGCGCGCUUUCCUUAUUCUUUACUUUAAUAUUACCGUCGCCGGGACGUUUGGCCGCGCAAUGGUUUCCCGCCAGCGAACUAUCGACUGCCACGUCUCUGGGUAUUUUUGGCAUACAAUUAGGAGUGGCACUGGGCUUUCUCCUGACACCGGUAAUAGUGAAAAAUCACGAAAACUUGGACGAAGUCGGCAGCGAUCUGUCACGUUUAUGUUGGAUCGUUGCAAUCGUCAGCACAGUUGGAUUUCUUCUAGUGCUUCUAUUAUUUCAGAACGAACCAAAAUUACCGCCGAGCGAAAUGCGCGCGCUGCAAAAACUAAAUCAGAGAAAGAAAGGUGAGGAAUUUGUCGGGCCAAUUAAAAAGCUCUGCAAAAACAAAAACUUUAUCAUUCUCUGCAAUUCCUACGGUCUGAACAUCGGCAUGUUGAAUGUCCUCGCAACGUUGCUGAAUCAAAUAUUCCUCGCGCAUUUCGAGAACGGCGAAGAGGACGCGGGUAGAAUUGGCUUGGCUUUAAUUCUCACUGGCAUGGCCGGUUCCGUUACUUUCGGCAUCGUCCUUGACAAAACGCACAAGUUCAAAGAAACCGCGGUGGCUGUAUACUUUUUCUCAUUAUGCGGUCAGAUAUUAUUCGCGGUGUUCACUUGUUUCGCCAUUAAAUGGAUGGUAUACGUGUCGGCGAUCUUUCUAGGAUUCUUCAUGUCGGGAUAUUUGUCGUUGGGAUACGAUUUGUGCACCGAAUACACGUAUCCGGAAUCGGAGAACAUAUCUGCUGGAAUUCUUAACAUAACGAACAACGCUUACGGCGUCAUAUUUACCGUAGCAAUGGGAUUGUUAUUACAAGCUUAUGGCGAUAUUCCGGUGCACAUAAGCAUAUUCGUGUUUCUAUUAAUCGGUUUUAUCUUAACCAUAUUGACGGAAGAUGAACAAAAACGACAGGAUGCGAGAAGACAAAUUCAGUACGAAGGAGUUGCAAAGACUGAAAAAGACAAUAUCGACGACGUUCAAGAAAUCAAGCCACGAUCAAUUAACUCGUAACGUUAAUUAAUGAGUGACACGUCAAAUUUUUGGUGCGUUUUAAUAAAUAAUAAUUUUUAUGUGGACAUUUCAAAAAAUGAUAAAAAAAAAAAACAAAUGCGAAUAUAAAAGCCAUAUAUAAUAUGCCAAUGUAAAUUGGUAAACAAAUAUAUUUUAGACGCACAAUGUUCAAAUGUAGUACAUUUUUAAAACAAUAUAUAUUUAAAAAACAACCGAAAAAAAAGAUUGCAAAAUAUAAAACUAAAAAAUUAUAUGCAAUAUUGUGAAAAUGUAUUGCAAGCCGAAAGGCCAUCAAUAAAUAAAC